CACACACCUAAUUAACAAGUUUUAGCUAUAAGCGAGUAAGAAGUUGGUAAUUAAAGUUUUGGAGUCAAAAUGUUUGAUGUUUACUUCUUGAUUGUGAUGUUGAUGGAUUUGGGUAGGUUUACAAUAGGGUUAUCAAGUGGGCACAAGUUCUAUGUUGGUGAGAGUGAUGGAUGGGUCCUUACUCCCUCCGAGGAUUAUUCUCAUUGGUCUCACAGGAACCGGUUUCAAGUCAACGACACUCUUUAUUUUAAGUACGUGAAAGGAAAAGAUUCAGUGUUGGUGGUGAGUGAGAAAGAGUACAACACAUGCAACACGACGCACCCCUUGACUUCCCUCUCAGACGGUGACUCUAUCUUCCUACUUAGCCGCUCAGGGCCAUUCUUUUUCGUCAGUGGCGACUCUGGAAACUGUCUCAAAGGUCAGAAGCUAGCCGUAAAGGUUAUGUCCAUGGUCCACCACAGUCACACUCAUCGUCAUCCUCCCUCUCCUUCCCCAUCACCCACAGUGUCUCCGGUCCAUCCGGCUUUGUCUUCGCCGGCACCUUCCCCGAGAGUAGAUCCAUCUGAUUCAGGAGUUCUUUCUCCAGCAUCAGGCCCCUCGGCCGCAGUUCGCAGUUCGGCCGGUUCCGUUGGUCCGGGGGUGGUUUCUCUAGGCUUGAUUCUCGUGAUUAUGAUGAGUUCCAUGGUUUAGCUUUUAUGCAUUGUCUCUGGUUAAUUGCGAGGGUGACUUGAGUUUUGCUAAUAAUGUGUUUUAUAUUAUGUUUCAUGUAAGUUUUUGUAUUUCUCCCGUAUCGUAUUUGUCCUUGUUUUCGUUUUGUGUAUCUUGAUUUCAGAUUACUAAUGCUUCUCCCGGAAAAAAAAAAGGCGAUACUUGCACGUC